AUGCUUGUUACAAAGAUUGGACAAAAUGUUGCACUUAACCUAUCGUUUUUCUUUUUACUUUUACAGCGUAAUCCAAAAUUCGAAUUGAAGAAAGAUGAACUGGUUCUACUUCUGGGACGAUUUGAGGCUGAGCUUCAAGCCAAAGAGAUUGCACUAGCAACGAUGAAGUCUGAAAAAGUAAAAACAUUAUUAUACAAUGCAAGAUUUGGCCGUUUAACUGGUAAUUCGGAUCCAUAUUCGGCUUUAUUGCGUGAUAGUGAAACAAUCAAAGAAGAUUUUCUUAGUGAACAAAUUCCAAUGAGAAAUGUAUAUGAAAGUCAGUUAUUACAAUUAGAACAUUUAAUUGUACAACAAAAAAAACAAGUGCAGUUAUUAAAAAAUAUUUUAAAUGAUUCAGGCAAAAAGUUCAUGACACUUAUGCAAGAACUUGAAAGUGAAAAACGUUAUAAAAUUCGUGCUCAGACACUUCAAAAUCAACUGCUCAAAUCUCAAGAGGAAAAAUUACAAUUAAAAGAUGAUUUAGAUAAAACGAAUCUUCACAAUAAAGAAUUAGAACAACAGUUGUUACAGUUACUACAGUUACUCGAACGCGAACAAGAACGUCAUAAACAAUUUGUUGUUGUAUUAGUUAAUGAACGAAAACAACUGUUUUUACAUAUGAAAAGUGAAAAAGAAAAACAUAAACAACAAAUAGAUAAAAUUAUAGGUGAUUUGGCACAAGACAAAGAUGUUCAUCAACAAUAUGAACAAAAAUGUAAACAAUUAAAAGAUGAACAUGCGCAAUGUAAAGAUAAAUUGAAUGCAAAAAUUAAGCAGUUAGAAACGGAACUUGAGCUACUAAAUGAAAAAUGCCAGCAACACCAAACAACAUCAGUAAUGCGCGUUGUAAAUCAUCAUUCAAACGUGCUGGAACAAGAUGCCAGUGAAGCGAAUACGAAACAGACAAAUCAUAUAAAAGAUUCAAAAUCUCUUCCAGACCACAAUAAACGUACACAAUUAUCAGCAAAUGUCCCUUCAUCUAAUGCACCUCAAAUUCACACGAAUUCAAAUGUUCCCGUUACUUUUUCUCCAUCAAUUUCAGCACCAAACGAUUCAAAAUCACAAUUACCUAUUGUUAAUAAUAGUAACAUUCGUCGCCCAACAAUUGUUUCAUCACCCAAAACACCACAACUUAAUAGCGUAGCGACAAAAAUUUCUUCACCACGUUUACAAGCACCAUCGUCCUCUCCAUCAUCAGGUAUUCCUGUUUCAAUGACAAGUUCAACAUCGUCAAUUCCCGAAACAGCGCCAGCAGUUGUUAAACGAAGUAUUAUACCAGCUAUUCAUACUCGUAAUGUGAAUAAUACUCAAAUAACACCACCGUUAAUGAUGUCUAAUCUUCGUUCACCAUCCACAUCUUCAUAUAACAUUCAAAAUUCUUCUACAUCAACAUCAACAAGCAUUAGUGGUGCAGCAUCUCGAGGUAUUCCAAGAUUAAAUAAGAAUGCUCUAACAUCAUCAUCAUCAUCAACUGGAAAUAAAACAACAAAAACAUCCAUAAAUCAAGAACACGAUUCAACAGCUGCUGUAACGACGAAACGUUUGCAGCCUUCAAACAAUCAUGAUCUGAAAUCAUCCUCAUCAGACGUUAUUGAUGAUCUUCAGAAGUUAAUAGAUGUUAUACAGUCAGCUGUUGAAAAUCGUUUAAAUACAGAAGUAUAUCCUGCCGAUUCACAAUUAAACAUCAAUUCUUUAUAUUCAACAACAGUUAUCAAUAAUGGACCGACUAAUGAGCAAUACGAAAAUUUUUUUUCUUCUCCGUCAAGUAAUGAGGUUACCAUCCUUUUACGAGCAGCCCAAAUGGGUGAAACCGAUCAAUUAAUUAAGCUUCUCAGUUUGGGUUUAAAUCCAAAUACUACUUCUUCUGAUGGCACCACAGUGAAUAUGAAACCAAUUGAAUUAACCGUUUGUUUAUCUUCAUCGACAUCACUGACCAGCAAUCGUGAACGUCCGUUUUCGUAUGGUAUCGGUGAAAUUCAGUUAACGUAUAAUAUGUCGUGGCUUGAAUUCGAGAAAGCUAUAAUCAAAAUUUACAAUGAACAUCUAGCACAAAUUGAUUCACCAUUUGAUUAUGCAAAAUGUUCAAUUGGUAUUACAACGAAAAGUAUUAAUGUGAUAUGUUUGGGUCAAUAUAAAUGGUUGUACCAAGAGAGUCCAGAUGAUCUUAAUCUUCCAUACACGAUUGUUCAUGAUCAAGCACUUCAGACAGUAACUAUUUGUUUGAAAGGUGCUGAAAGUAAUUCGACAGAUGCAUUGGCAUACAAUUAUUUUAUUCCAAGUCAAAAUUUAAAAAACUUUUCACGUUAUAUUGAACAAAAUACGUAUGUGGGUGUAUAUGGUGCGCCGCACACAAAUAAACAUACAUUAUUCGAAGAUUUAAUUCGACAAUUUGAACGUUCUUCGUUGCCAUCAUCAACAGCAAAAUUUACAGUUAUCAGAUUUGGUUUUGAAAGUGUAUCAUCAAUUGACGAUUGUAUAGAAGAAUUGGUUGAUGCAGAUUUCUUCCAAACCCAAAAAUGGACAACAUCUACCAAAGCAUCAAAAGUUAAAUAUUUGUUAUACUUGUAUAACGUUCAAAAUGGUAUUGGUAUCGAACUAUUAAAAUUAUUAUUAAAUGGAAAAAUAGUAUCAGAUAACUGUCAAAUGUUAGAUUAUAUCAGUGAAUAUUCAGAUUCACCAUCAAUAGUUUAUUAUUAUCCAUCAACAUUUCACAUAUUUGUAACAUUGAGUAAACGUACAUGGUCAAAUGAAAAUGAUGUAUUAAAACAAUUCAAAUGGAUUCCGUUUAAAAUUGAUGCAAUGCCAUGGAACGGAAUAUUAAAACGAUAUCUUUGGCGACGAAUGGUUGACUAUUGUAUGAAUAAUAAAUUACCCAUUGAUAGUGAUUUGAUCAAAAUAUUACAAUAUAUAACAAAUGUAUGGCAACGAUACAAUGAAUGUUUACAAAAAUUGAGUCUUCAAGAUGCUCUAUUGGGUCCCGGUAUUUUUUAUGAUUGUCCAAUGGAUCGUGAAAGUAUUUUUGACUGGCUUCAAUCAAAAUGGAAUAAUAUUAUUGCACCACUUGUUCGCGAACUAUCAAUGAAUAAAUGUUCACAGCCAAACAAAAAAACAUCAUCAAUGAUAACAUCGAUGACAAGUCUCGAAAUCAAUUCACCGUACGAAUCAGUUGCCUGUACAGCACUGUAUGUUUUAUUACAUCGUACUGUUGCAAGAGAAUGUCCUUUAACUGGAGAAGAACGUGAACAUUAUUUGUUAAAUUUUGUGGGUAGUCGUUUAGAAGGUGGUAUAACAUCGAUGCCAACUUCGGCAGCUUCGAGUAGAGCUGGUACACCUCAAGGAAAUGUUCAUUGUGAUUUCAUUUCAAUACAGUUAGAAUAA